CUGGUAUAUUGCGUGGCUCAGACAACGGUCACACUGGCCGGUCGGUUCUACGGUUCUUAAAAAUAUUAAAGUUUCCAGUUAAACUUAAGCACAUAAGAAUAAGUUACAGUGCAAGCAAGUGCAAAUUCCGUUCACCAUUGUUUCACUAAGGGCGAUAACAAGAUGAAGAUCAAGGAACUGCAGAAGACGGUAAACAUCGCCUGGUCACCGGCGCAGCAGCAGCAGAUUCUCCUAGCCGCCGGGACCGCCGCCCAGCAAUUCGACUCCAAUGCUAGUUCCACCCUAGAGUUGUACUCUCCCAACUUUAGCGAUGCCACCUACGAUCUGGAGUUAAAAGCCAGCGUGGCCAGCCAGUACAAGUUUCAAAAACUCAUCUGGAGCCCAGUGGGUCCACAUCCCAGUGGUCUGAUCGUCGGAGGCUGCGAGGCAGGACAGAUCAGCAUAUACUCAGCCGACAAGCUGCUCGCCGGCAAGGAGGAGCCGCUCCUAAAGCGGCAAGACAAGCACACGGGAGCCGUCAGCGGGCUGGACUUCAAUCCCUUCCAGAACAACUUGCUGGCCUCGUGUGCCUCCGAAUCGGAAAUACUAAUCUGGGAUCUCAAUAACCCCGACACGAGCAUGAGUCCCGGAGCCAAGACACAGCCCCUAGAGGACGUAAAGAACGUGGCCUGGAACCGACAGGUGCAGCAUAUCCUGGCUUCUGUGUUUAGCACGCGCUGCGUGAUCUGGGAUUUGCGCAAAAGCCAACAGAUCAUUAAGCUGUCGGACUCGCAGUCCCGUGUGCGGUGGCACGCCAUCGAGUGGCAUCCGGAGGCGGCGACACAGGUCUGGCUUGCCUCCGAAGACGACCAGGCGCCAGUGGUGCAGCUGUGGGAUUUGCGAUAUGCCACGGCUCCGGCCAAAACGUACCAAAUUCACGAGCGCGGAGUUCUCGGUAUGUCGUGGUGUCUCCAGGACAACGAUCUAAUGGUUUCGUGUGGCAAAGACAACCGAAUCUACUGCUGGAACCCCAACACUAAGAUUCCAGAGGGAGAAAUCCUCUCUGAGGUGGCGACUACGGCUUCUUGGUACUCAGAUGUGCAGUUCUGUCCUCGGAAUCCGGCUCUGAUUGCCAGCGCCAGUUUGGAGGGAGCCGUUUCCAUUUACUCCCUCCAUGGAGGCACUCACCAUUUGGUGCAGACAGCAAACAAGAUUGCCGACUCGUUUCCGGGCAUGGAUCAGUUCGCUCAGGAGCCCAUUCCCCAGCAAGCCACGCAAGUUGUCUACCAUGACCUGGCCCACGCUCCCAAGUGGAUGAAACGGCCCUGUGGCGUUGCCUUUGGGUUUGGUGGCAAGCUCGUCAGCUUUGAUGGAACCUCAAAAACAGUUAAGGUUCAGCAACUGACCACCGAAUCGGCUUUGGUUGAGCGAGCUAAUGCUCUGGAGCGGUCUUUGGUUGACGCCAACUACUCGGAAUAUUGCCGGCAGAGGGCAGACGAGACAGCCGACCAGCAUGGACGCUACAUCUGGUACUUUAUCAAAGCGAACUUUGAGCUUAAUCCCAAGGAAGAAAUGCUGAAUCUAUUGGGCUACAACAAGGACGAUACCGAUAACAAGUUCAACAAGUUUAUCAAGGAAACAGAAGGAAACUCACAAUCGGAUGUGGAUACGCUCACUACCCGCAUCUCGACACUGACCCAUAGCGACUCUUCGGAGGUUGAGUGCGAUCAGAGUACAAAUUAUAGUACCGAUAAUUCGCAGACCCAAGAAAACAAGUUUGAUGGGAACGCAAUCGGCUCACAAAAUCACAACGACUUUGCCACUCCUCCGAGGCCUCAAUUUAAGGUUCCCAGCGGAGACCACUCUGACAGCCUGAUUACGGAGGCCAUACUCACGGGAAACGUGGAGGCCGCCGUGGAACUUUGCCUGGAGGCCCAACGCAUUCCCGAGGCACUAAUCAUUGCCUCGACAGCUGGCAUUGAGACCCUGACCCGAACCCAAACCCGCUACCUAUUGCAGCAGAGGAGCGAGCUAUCGCACGUAAUCUCCGCCUUGGUGUCCCGCGACUGGCUGGACUUUGUCAACCGCUGCACUGUGGACUCUUGGAAGGAGGCCCUGGUGGCCGCCCUAAAGCACAGCGAGCGCAAGGUGGUGGACAUCUGCGAGCGACUAGGCGACCGUCUUUUGAGCGAGUGCGCGUCGAGCGCCGAGUUCACGCGUAAUGCCAUGCUCUGUUACAUCUGCGCCGGCAGCAUCGACAAGCUGGUGACCGCUUGGUAUCAGCUGAAGCGGCUGGAGCAGCAGAAUCCCGGCUACAAGCCCAACACCACAGAACUGCAGGACCUGGCCGAGGUGGUGAUGCUGAUGUGCAAGUCCCUGGAGCAGCAGGGUAUAUCCGUGGAUCUGGCUGGCCGCUUUGCCGGCUUUCUGACUGAGUAUGGCGGCUUACUUGCUUCCCAGGGAGCUCUCACUGCAGCCCUGCAGUACAUAACUACUUUGGGUGGCGGAGCUGCCAACGAAAAUGAAGUCCUCCAGAGCCUUCGAGACAGGAUCAACAACGCUGUCAACCUGGACUACUCUCAGCCGCAGGGGCCAGUUGCUGCAGCACCACUUGGCUAUCAACAGCAAAGAGGACGUGGAUCGUUUUCGCAGCCGCAGCCAUCGGUACCGUUGCCUUACGGCCAGCCGACCAAUCAGUAUGCUCAGCCAAGCUGGCCUGCACCAGCGCCUCCUGUACAGGCCGCCUAUCCAGGAGCCCAACCCCCACAGCCGCCACAGAUAUUUAAUCCGCAGCCCGUCAAGCCAGAGCCCUUGGCUCACCCGCCGCGACCACUUAGCAACGCCAGCUCCUCGGGUGGUCCCCCACCAGCGGGAGGUGCAGCCGCUUCUGGCGGAUCGGGACUUUCCGGGCGCUCUAAAUACGUACUGGAUCCGUCUGUUGCAGCGCCAACCAGUUCCUACGGCAUGCCGUACAAUCCAGUGCCUGCUCCCGUUCCAUCGGCAGUUCCCUUCAGCGGCGGCGGAGUGUCUGGACCAAUUUCCCAGCCUGCCCCCGUGCCAACCUACAAUAGCAACGCCUUUAACACGAAUCCGAUGGCGUCUGCCCAACCAUACAACCCAUCGCCAUUCAUGGGAGCUCCGCAGAACCAAUUUUUGCCAGGCGUGAACCCCAUUGAGGCGUUGCCGCCACAAGCUGCCCAACCGGUGAUCCAAAAUGUGCAACGCAAUCCAACACCACCGCCUGGUUGGAACGAUCCUCCUGCACUGAAAUCCUCCCGAGCUCCUAAGCCUAAGCCAGUGGUAGAACCGAGUGCUGCCAUUUUUCAUCCCCUGUUCCCAGUUGAUCCCAAUCAAAAUCAAAACGGUUAUGUGGAUUCCGCUCAAUAUCAGAAUGCUCCACCACCUGGAGGAGUGCCCAAUACGUACUACAAUCCGGCAGCCUUCAACAACAAUCCCCAACAGCAGCAGCCAUCGUACCUUCAACCGCAGCAGCCAUCGGGGAUUCCAAGUCAAGGACAACCACAACAGCAGAACUGGCAGGGACAGCAGCAGACCAUUGGCUACACCGAGCAGCCAGCUCCCAUUCAGCAGCAGCGUCAACCGGAGCCUCCGAAGGAGAAGCCGCCACUUCCCGAGGAGUACAUUUACUUGCAAACGGUAUUGGAGGAGCUUAAGAACCGCUGCCUGAGCGCAACGAACGACCCGCGCACCAAACGCAAGUUUGUUGAUGUUGUAAAGAGGCUGGAAAACCUCUACGAUUGCCUACGAGAUGGCAAGCUUACUCCCACAACGGUGCAAUAUCUGAAUCAAAUAAUACAGUACAUUCAAAUAUCGGACUACGCCAAUGCUCUGGAAAUCCACACACGCAUUGCCUUCGGCACCGACUUUGCGCAAUGUGCCGGCUUUAUGCAGGGACUAAAGGUCCUUCUGCAGUCCGCAUCCGAGCUGCAGUUGGUCCUGCGCUAAAGUCUUGCCAGCUCCAAGCAAAGCUCACUAACCGUAUAUACUAAUUGUGUCUUCAAAUAUGAAUGUCUUUUGUGUUUUGUAUACAAAAUGUGUUUUCCUUUCAAA